CAACAACAGCUGAACGAGGACAGUGAAAGUCAAGGCACAAGCUGACUACACAGAAGCAAUCAAGUAAGUUAAGAGGGGCAUUAGAGCUGAUGAGCAGAAAUAUGUGGAAGAACUAGAAACGGCAGAGGAAAAAGCUGAAUAAGAAGGAAAUAUAAGACAACUAUAUGACACGACGAAGAAACUGGUAAGGAAAUAUGGUAGACCAGUCAAGGAUAGAGAGGACAAGCCAAUCACUGAAAUUCAAGAACAGAUGGGUGGAACACUUCGAGGAACUUUUGAAUAGACCAACUCCAUUGAAUCCACCAAACAUUAAAGCAGCGCCUACAGACCUUCCUAUAGAUGUCACUCCACCAACGAUCGAAGAAAUUAGAAUGGUCAUCAGACAAAUCAAGAAUGGAAAAGCAGCUGGAUCUGAAAAUAUACCAGCUGAAGCACUAAAGUCAGACAUAGAGGUAACUGCAAUGAUGCUCUACAUUCUAAUCAGAAAGAUAUGGGGGGAAGAACAAGUGCUGACGGAUUGGAAAGAAAGACAUCUCACCAAGAUGCCAACGAAAGGAGAUUUGAGCGAAUGUGAGAACUACAUAGGCAUCACACUACUGUCAGUACCAGGAAAAGUAUUCAACAGAGUAUUGCUGAACCGGAUGAACGACACAUCACGCGCUCAACUUCGAGAUCAACAAGAUGGAUUCCGUAAGGAACGGUUGUGAGCAGACCGAAUCGUAACACUACGGUUCAUCGUUGAACAAUCAAUUGAAUGGAACUCGUCACCAUACAUCACUAUACAGCAUUUGACAGUGUGAAUAGGAGAACAUUAUGGAAA